GUGUUGGUAUUGCUUCAUCAAUUACUAUCCUUUCAUUGCUGGUAGAUACUUUGUUAGUAAAUAUUUUGUUGGCUGAUACUUUAUUGGAUUCUUUGUUGACAGAUACUUCAUUGGCGGAUACUUUAUUGACGGAUACUUUGUUGACAGAUAUUUCAUUGACGGAUGCAGAUU